UAUACCUACAUAUGUGUAUUUCAGAUAAUGUUAACUUGCCGCCAAGCAAUCUUGCUCUAGAAUCUAGUUUGGUGGAUAGUGCGCUAAAUCGGUUUAGUUCUCCCGUAUGGUCACGUAGUCGCUAAGGUUCAUCGCGUACGAACGCUCGUAUUGUACGUGGUUCCAUAUGUUACCGCUGGUGAUCCGACUGGCCCCAAGUGAAUAAAUCAGGUUUCGCUGCAAGAAUAUGCUCGGCCCGUGUUCUUUGUUCGGAAGGUACUGACGCGAUACCAGACCUAACAAUAACAUGGCAUAAUUGUGUGGUAUUGCACUAGAGCAGUGGAUUUCGUAGUUCUCGCGGGUGUUGUGCUACCAGUGUCAAGUUCAAGUUUUCCACUUCCAACCCCAAACAAACCUGAAAGAAACAUGAUCGGCCAAAUGAAAAUAUUUCUGUGGUUCGUAGUGAUCUGUGGAUUAGGCGAGCUGGAGAACGUGCAGGCAAUCAACAUCUUGGGAAUUGUGUCCUCCUUGUCGAAGUCACAUUCUGUGUUUGCUAAUGCAAUUUUUAACGAAUACGCAAAUAGCGGACACUCGGUUACUGUACUAAGUCCAUAUGAGGUAUCGUUGAAGAUAACUCACUAUAAAUUAGAUGGGCUGGAAAAACUUAAAAGAAACUUCAGAAGCCACCAGAACCUGCAAGUGGACGAAUAUACAGCCCUUCUCCAGCUGUAUGAGGAAGGAUUAGCUACCACCAAAGCGGUAAUCAACCAUGACAGUUUCAAAAAGCUAAUUUCAGCACCAUUGCAUAUAGACGUUAUUAUUUUGGACUAUGAUUAUAACGACGCUUUACUGGCCAUAGCACAUCGAUUCAAGUGUCCGAUUUUCAUAUUAGCUAUCGACACUCCGAGUCUAACUUUAAAACGAAUAAUUAAUCCUGGAUAUCCAGUUACGAACUUAAUCUUCCAACAGCCGAUUGCUGACAUUGGGGUAUCAAAUGCGUUGUGGGAUGUUAUGGCUAACAUGUAUGAAAAAUUCAUCGUGAAUUUUUACUAUGCAAAUCAUCAGGAAACAUUAUACCAGAAGAUUAUCAGUGGACUAGCGACGCCAUCGAAAGAAGAGCCUUCAAACCGAAUUGCCAAAAUGUUUACCAGCACUUUAUCGCCACCGUUUCUAACAACUAAUAAACUCGUAAAUCUAAUUUCCUUACAUAUUCCCGAGAAGCGAAUAUCUGAGUAUUUCGUAGCAGAUCCUCUGGAUCGAUUUAUCCACUCAACCGAUGAAGGGUGUAUAUACGUCUCGCUCGGAGCGGAUACAGAUCCGGCUACUUUGCCCAAGAACAGGAUUUACACAAUGUUCCAAGUAUUCCAUAGCCGACCGGAAAAAAUCAUCUGGGCUUGGAACGGCAAUACGACAAAUUUCGCAGGUUCGAAUAAAUUCUUCGUCAGUAGCUGGAUGCCGCAGGAUGAUAUCUUCGGCCACAGAAAUAUUCGGGCUUUCGUAACGAAUGGCGGUUCAUUAAGUAUGCAGGAAGCGAUUUAUCAUGGAAUACCAACGAUUGGUAUCCCACUUACAUAUCAACAGCGAGACAAUGUAGACUUGAUGGUGGCGAAAGGCCUUGGGGUCAAAGUGGAAAUGUCUAACUUGACCAUAGAAUCCUUUAUGUGGGCAUUGAAUGAAGUAAUCGACAACAACAGUUUUAAAUAUAAGGAACGAUUAGCUUUUGAAGCAGAUCUUAUGGAGAAUCAGCUGAAGAGCCCAAUGGAAACCGUUAAAUAUUGGAUCAAAUACUUCCAUCAGUAUCGAUAUGAGGACGUUAUUAGUAAUACUAGAUUGUCUGUGAUUGACUAUUACCUGUCUGACAUAUAUUUACUUGUAUUCCUUUUAAUUUUUCUUUUCUUAGUCAUUGCUGUGAUAAGUUACAUUAAACUGUACAGAAUUGCAUCACGAUAUUUUGUUCAGCGAAAAUAUAAAUAUUAUUAAAUCUUG